CUGAGUUUCACUGUUGAGUUUUCUGGGGGCAACAGCGACAUAAAGAUCUUUGAUACAAUUAGCAUUUUCCGCAGUUUGAUUUCAUUAAUACUACUACUUUACUCUUAUUCUUCGACUGGGUCUCCUGUUUCUUGAUGUUCAUCUACGCGCCUUCUUCAUCAAUCUCCAUCGGUCCUUCGCAAUGUUUCAUAUGUCAUGCUGAUAGAGGUAGUUGCUCAGCAUCAUUUGGAGCUACAAGCAAUUGGAUCAAACCAUCAACUGAGGUUCAGAGAUUCUCUGACCAUUCAGGUAUAAGUUUCAGGACUGAGAACCCUUUCUUCGGAGCUGCACAAUCACACUGGCUUCCUGUAGGACAUGAGAUUAGCCUUUCAAGACUUUCAGUUGCAGCAGAUUACCCAGAUUCUGUUCCUGAUUCCCCUAACUAUGUCGGCAACAGUGGCUAUCACCCUCUUGAAGGAAUGCGGAACCAGAGAAGAGUUCGGGAUACUGAACUCUCAGCUGCUGAAACAGCAAGGACAACUGUUGAGGCUAAUAGCAAUGCUUUGUUGAUAUUCCCUGGCACGGUUCACUGUGAACCUCACGAACAAGUGUCAUGGGCAGAAUUUCAGUAUGUGAUUGAUGAAUAUGGAGACAUAUUCUUUGAAAUUUAUGAUGACAAGAAUAUCUUGCGAGAUCGUGAUGCAAGUAAUCCCGUGAAUGCAUUGAUUGGAAUGGAUUUCUCCCAAUACGAGAAGAGGAGGGCAGAAUCACCUGACGACAUCAAUUUAGCUGGUGAUUCUAUUGAUGAUACUAAUUUCUUUGACAAUUACUUCGAGGUCGAUAGUUCUGAGAUGUACGACUAUCAAGUUGAUUGGGGAAUGCCAGAUAGUUCUAGCGUGCUUCACCCAAUUUAUUUUGCUAAGUGCUUGACUAAGGCUGUUCACAUGAAACAUGCUAAGAUGAUGGAUCAUCCAUCAAAUGGCAUUUCAAUUUGGGGAUGCCUCAAGCCUGCCUUCUUGGAAGAAGAAUAUUACGUGCGAAGGCUCUUCAGUGGCGAUGAAGUAAGUGAUGGAUCCACCUCGGAUUGGAAAGAUGGAGAAACUUUGAGCUUUAGUUCAAGAUAUGACAAGAGCUGCAGUUUGUCUUCUAUCUACAGAUUGGAAAUCUUCAGAAUCGAGCUAUUUUCUGUAUAUGGUUCUCAGUUAGCAGUAAAUUUGCAUGACUUCCAGGAUGCUGAGCCUGACAGUCUUGUACACUCAGUUCCAGCAAUUGUAGAGUGGUUUAGGCAGCAAGGAAUAAGGUGCAAAUAUGCGCUUAAAGCUCUUUGCAGAAAGAAAGGACUCCAUGUUGAGAGAGCAAAUUUGAUUGGAGUUGACAGUCUUGGCAUGGAUGUCAGAGUUCUCUCUGGAACACAAGUAUGGACUCAUCGUUUCCCCUUCAAAGUUAGGGCACAUUCAGAGAUUGCUGCUGAGAAACAGAUCCGGCAGCUUCUGUUUCCCAGGUCCCGUCGCAAGAAGUUUAGGAGUGCUGAAAGAGCUGGAGAUUUGGACUCACUUUAAAUUUGAUCUUACUGUUUAGAAGCAGAGAUGUUAUGAAUACACAUAUUAUCUAUAUGUCACUAAAUUCUUGUAUGCAGUUAGUUCUCAGUCUUGAUUUCUAUAAUGUUUUUCUAUUAAUGGGUUAGUGAUGGAUUUAAAUUCUAAUGAUCAAGUUCCCUUUGAUAAGAUAAAAAGAUGAAAGGUGAAUAGAUAUGAUUCUUGCAUAUGGAGAUUUCUAGUUCAAAUUGGGCAUUACGUCUAAGUGGGCUUAAAUAUUUGUGAGACGUUUAUUUCAUAUA